AUGUCCGAGCAGUCAAAGCAUAAACCAGCUUCAACCAUUGAUGGUACUGGCAACACCUGUGCUUUGCCAAUCAAGCCCGUCAACGAUGCCACCGCCGCAUUGGACGCCGCGCGGGUUCUCCACGCUAACAAGGUUGAAACCUUCAACGGCAACGAGAAGUCUCUGUACAAGGACAUCGAGGCAGUGGAGGCUGCUUCCACGGCGAUCAGCGGCGGCGAGCCGGCUUUGAUGCAGAUUCCGGAGGGACGCCUCAAGGAGGUGAGCGCUAAGCUCCAGGAUGCCGUGACGAGGCGUGCCCAGCGCUUGGACAACACGCUCUCCGUUCGCGACCAUGAGCGCCUCGAGGCCUUCUUCCAAGAUCCUGCGGGCUUCGUGAAAGGUCUGAGCUUGAUGCAGGCGCCCAUUGGCGGCGAGCUCGCAGGCAUGUUUGAGGCCAUGAAUGACGACUUCCAUGCAGACCUCACGGCACUUCAGGACGAGAUGGCGAAGGAGCAGGCCACCUACGAGGAGCUGAUGGCCUCCAAGAAGGAGGAGAUCAAGGCUUCCGAGGCCACGAAGGAGUCGAAGCGCCAGCAGCGGGUUGAGAAGCGGCAGAGCAUGAUGGAGAUGGGUUUUGAGAUCAAGUCGAUUGAGAAGGCUAUCGGCACCAGCGGCGACUUCCUGAAGCUUGUAGAAGAGAAGUGUGGCGCCACGGAUCAGGAGUGGACUGAGCGGACAGCCACACGCAAGGAAGAGAUCGCGUCUGUUGCGAAGGCCAUUGACGUUCUCACCACAGAGGCCGCAAAGAACUCCUUCGGCAAGACGUAUACCAACUUCUUGCAGAAAGAGGUCGCAGACGAGCGAUUCAGACGGGCCUCGCAGGCGCUGGAGCGGGCUGCUGCCGUGCACGGCGACCGCCGCCUGAGCCAGUUGGCCAAGGCGGCUGAGGUCAAGGGCAUGGAGAAGGUCCUCAAAGCCAUCGAUGGUAUGAAGGUCGCCUUGAAGAAGGAGCAGCAGGACGAGGUCGAACAACGUGACUUUUGCAUCAAGUCCUUCAAUGAGAACAAGGUUAAGUCAGAGAAGAUGACCGACCUCAAGGGGCAGCACAAUGCAAAGCUGGACAUGCUCGCCGACAAGCUGAAAACCACUGCUGCUGCCGUCUCUGUUGCAAAAGGCAAGAUCGACGCUGCAAACAAGGAGCUCGAGAAGGCAGCCAAGGACCACGAGGACGAACUUGCAGAUUUCAAGACCACCCUGUCGGAUCAAAACACGACGAAGGUCAUGCUCAACGAGGCCCUGGAUAGCCUCAAGGCCUUUUACGUGGAGAAGCCCAAGGCGAAGAAGUCGCUGUUGCAGAAGCCUUCGGAAGACACCGUUCCCGAGGGAUUCAAGGACUACCAGAAGAGCAGCAGCGGCAAUGCCGUGACCCAGCUCCUGCAGCAGGUGAUCCUAGACACGAAGGCCAUGGAGGCAGAGACGACUCGCGCCAUGAAGUCUUCGGAGAAGCAGUUCGCAAAGCUGACUGAUGCCACGAACGCGGACAUCGCGGCCCUGAACGGCGAGCUGGAGAGCCUGGCGAAGGUGAAGGCCAGCGCCCAGGAGGCGGUGGUCGCGGAGAAAGCGAAUCUGAAGGGCACCAAGAAGGAGCUCGCAGAUCUGGCACUCGACGAGGCGAAUCUCCACGAAACCUGCGACUUUGUCCUCAAGAACUUCGAGCUUCGGCAGACUGCACGCAACGAGGAGGUCGAGGGGCUGAUGAAAGCCAAGUCCUACCUCCGUGGCGCCUCCUUUUUGCAGCUGCGCCGCUAA